AUGAAUCUUCCACAAGUGAAUUUUCGCGUGACACAGUCGAGACCACUUUCUCCAUCAGAAGGAUACGAAAACUCACUCACAAUCACCAUCGACACCAAAUCUUAUGAUUUCCUUGAAAACCCAACCACCGGUCAUCGAAUCUUUACCGGCCGGUCCACUCCGGUUUAUCCACCCGCUCUCAUCAACAUCAGUCUCCUUAGUUCAAGUCCCCAUGACAUCUUCCGACAACUUCUCAGGGAACAAGCGAUUCAAGAUACUAACCGUCCUCACGUAUUAGCAUAUUUAGCCAAACAGAUCUCAGCGGCUGCCAUCUCAUUAGGUUUUGGACGCAACGGUUUUGUCAUGGAAAUCGACUACAAAGUUGUUUACGUCGUGGUUAGGUCUGAUCAUCCUCCUAUCGUUGAGGGCUUCCUUGUUGAGGUUGGUUCUAUUAGGGAGUGUCGGACAUAG